AGAGAAUGGUGAAUCCGGAGCGGCGGCGCUGCUGCUGCUGCAGCCGGAGCUGCCUGGUUGUGGCUUCACGCGGCUGGGCCGCGCGCUAGUCAGGGCUGGAGGCGGCGGCGGCCCGGGGCACUCGGAGCCCCGCGGCCGAAGAGCGGCUGCUGAAGGGAGAGCGCUUGCCGCCGAGGCUGCGGCCCGGGAGCGGCGGCGGCGGCGGCAGAGGCAGAGCCAUGCCGUGGCUCAGCGGAGGACGGAGACGGCGGCAGCAGCAGCAACAGCAGCAGCAGCAGCAGGCGGCGGCGGCGGCCCCGGGAGGACAAGGGACGGGACCGCCGCCUGUCGUGCCCGCUGCAGUGGUCGGAGGUGGAGGCAGCGGGCCGCGGGGCCGGGAGAGCUCGGAAUUGCCUUUGCCCUCUGGUUGGGAGGAGGCGAGGGACUACGACGGGCGCGUCUUUUACAUCGACCACAACACCCGGCAGACUUCGUGGAUCGACCCCAGGGACAGAAUUACCAAGCCAUUAACUUUUGCUGACUGUGUUGGUGAUGAACUACCCUUAGGAUGGGAAACUGUUUAUGAUCAACAGAUUGGUGUUUAUUACAUGGACCAUAUAAAUCAACUCACACAAAUUGAGGACCCAAGAGAGCAAUGGAGAAGAGAGCAGGAGCGCAUGCUAAAGGAAUAUUUAAUUGUUGCCCAGGAAGCACUUAAUGCCAAAAAGGAAAUUUAUCAAAUUAAACAACAGCGAUUUGAGCUAGCACAAGAAGAAUAUCAGCAGUUGAAUAAAAUGUGUGAGGAUGACAGUCACUCAUACACAAGCACAUUUUCUGGAUUUUCAGCCAACACAAAAUACAACCCAUCUCAGAUUAAAGCAGAAAUAGCAAGUCGACGUGAUAGACUUUCUAGAUUAAAGAGAGAAUUAACACAGAUGAAGCAGGAACUACAGUACAAAGAGAAAGGAGUAGAAACACUACAAAAGAUUGAUCGGAAGAUGUCAAAUGCUCAUAUGAAUUAUAAACUGGAUGAAGCCCAAGCAAUAAUGAAUGAACUUCGAAGCAUCAGGAAAGCCAUAUGUAUGGGUGAGAGAGAAAGGCAAGACUUAAUGCAAAGUCUGGCCAAACUGACAGAUGGAUUCAGAAAUAGUUGUUGCAUUACAGAAUCUUUGCAUGAUCUUCAGCAUAAUUCUGGCUCUUUCAGUGAUUCCAGCCUAUCUCAACCAUAUUGUGAUGCUUGUUCUCAAACUGACAUCAUUGGCGAGCUUGGAUUGGAGGAUAUAACAAGAUAUCCAGACAAAAUGAAAUUGAUCUGGCAGUAUGAAGAGACAAAAAAAAGGGUUCUCAGAAUACAGCAACAGUUGGCUUUACAGGAUCAUGAAUCUUGGCCAGGAAUGGUGGAGGCUGACAGAGAUCAUCUUCAGCUUAUUAAAGAAAAAGAGGCUCUCUUACAAGAACUGCAGCUUAUAAGUCAACAGCAGCGUUCACCAGAAGAUCUGGAACACAUAGAGGAGGAAAAAAGGCGCUUAGAGGAGGAUAUCCAGCAGGCUCGGGCUACUUCUUCUCAUGGUGCUGCAGAAAGGAUACUGUUACAGGAGAAGAAGAAUUGUUUGCUCAUGCAGUUGGAAGAAGCAACUCGUUUAAGUUCCUAUUUAUGCUCACAAUUGAAAAGCUUAUCUGCCAGUUCUUUGACAAUAUCUUCUGGCAGCAGUCGAGGAUCAUUGGCAUCUAGUCGUGGGUCAUUGGCAUCCAGCAGAGGCUCUCUUAGUUCUGUUAGUUUCACAGACAUCUAUGGUCUUCCUCAGUAUGAGAAAUCUGAUACUGCUGUUGAAUAUGGGCAUCAUAUGCGAUAUGAUCCAGUUUCAGUGGAUUCUCAUAACAAAGAUGUACAGUAUCAUGAGUCGAUUGGAUCUCCUGCUAGCGGUAAACAACGAAGAUCUGUAGAUACUCCUCUGUCUUUGGCAUCAUUGUCAUCAAGGUCAUCCCUUUCUUCACUAUCACCUCCAAGUUCACCCCUGGACACUCCCUUCCUAUCUGCUUCUCGGGAUUCUCCGUUAGUCCACAGGCCAGAAGGGUAUGAAGAAGUAACACACACAGGUGCCUCAGAAGUACUUCCAGCGCAGGGCUCUGUUUUGGGUGAAGAUAAGGGACAAGAAAUAGUGGCAUCUAAGGCUACUGAAUAUUCCACAAGAAAUGAAGCAGGGCUUCAAGUUAUCAAUAUUCCAAAUUCUGGUGCUGUGACCCUACGUGAAGAUAGCACUAGAAGAAUGGAAAGGAGAUCCAGGCGAGUCUCAGCAUGUCUGUCCAAUUAUUCACUGGCUAGUGACAGUGGCGUGUUUGAAGCUUUAAGCAAAAGAAAUGAAGAUGUUGAAGAAUCGCUUUAUAAUGAUAGUGUCAGUAACGAAGAGCCCAAAAUGCAAGUUGGAUUUCUGCAUGACAGUGGAAGUGAAUGUCUUCUUGUCCAUGUGUUGCAGCUAAAGAAUUUUACUGGCUUUGCCAUGAAAGAAGGCUGUAGAAUACAUGUGAGAAUAUACUUACCAUCUGUCGAGUCGGGCACAACAACCACGUAUUGCUCUAAGGCUUUAGAAUUCCAGACUCCGUUAAUAUUUAAUGAAGUCUUUCAAAUUCCUGUACAAUCAAGUAUCUUAAAACUCAAAGCGCUGCAACUUUACAUUUGUUCACUUGGUCAGCACCAACAAGAGGAAUUAUUGGGCAUUGCUCAGAUCAGCCUAGCUAACUAUGAGAGUUCUAGUGAGAUGCAGCUUUGCUGGUAUCCUGUUCAGACCUUCAUUGGUUCAGAUUGUGAACAAAAAAAAGACCAACCUAAGCGUGAAGAAAGUGCUUCUCACUCUAUUGAAAAUAAAAAUAUAAUGAAAAUGGAUGCUGUGACUGUCCUUUUAGCUAGGACCACAGCUCAGCUGGAAGCUGUGGAGAGAGAGCUUGCAGAGGAGAGAGUAAAAUUGGAGUACACAGAAGAGGAAAUACUGCAGAUGGAACAAAAGGAAGAUCAAGGGGAAGCUGUGUCAGAGAGAAGCUGGCAAGCAGAAUCAGUUGACAGUGGAUGUAGUAAUUGCAUGCAGUCCAGUCAUCACCUGGAGUCCUAUUGUGGUGAAUCACUGCAGAUUCCUGUGUUUGCAUCUCAAACAGAUCAGUAUAUUUCUGGAAAAGUUCAGGGACCACCUUUAAAGGUGGAUAAGGAAACCAAUACAGAAGAUCUUUUCCCUGAAGAAAUGGUUUUGCCUCAUAAAAACAGACUUGGCCGUCGAUCCCGUGGUUCUGCAUUUGUUCGUAAUAAUACUAUUGUUCGCUCACAGACAUUUUCACCUGGUGCACGAAGUCAGUACGUUUGCCGACUAUAUCGUAGUGAUAGUGACAGUUCCACCCUGCAAAGAAAGUCACCUUUUAUACGGAAUACUUUGGAAAGGCGUACGCUGCGUUAUAAGCAGCAUUCAUGUAGAUCAUCUUUGGCUGAUCUCAUGGAAAGGACUUCACUAGACCUGGAGCUGGAUCUUCAGGCAUCAAGAACAAGGCAGAGACACUUAAAUGAGGAAUUAUCUAUUCUAAGAGAGUUGCGGCAGCGCCUGGAGGAUGCCCAGCUUGGUGGUCAAACUGAUCUGCCUCACUGGGUCAUUCGUGAUGAACGAUUCCGAAACUUGCUGAAGGAAGCAGAAAGGCAGACAAGGCAAACAAAAUUUGAGCAUCGUCAACAACAAGCAGCUGAAAAAUUGCUUAAAAAAGCUUCCAAAGAGGUAUAUCAGCUGCGUGGUCAAAAUCAAAAGCAACCUCUUCAAGUGCAGACUUUUCGGGAGAAGAUGGCAUUCUUUACAAGGCCAAGGAUCAACGUACCACCUCUGCCAGCUGAUGAUGUAUAACAUGUUAUUCUGUAAAACAUGAAGUAUUUAUCUGCCUUUUCUUAUUUUAAAAUGAAGUUAUUAAACUACUUAAGUUUAUUUUUUAAAAAAUGUGCGAAGAUUAUUAAUAUACACAUUUUGUAAAAAAAAUAUAGAAAAACAUAUACACACACAGACACCUCACACACACAGAUAGACAGACUUAUACACAUAUAUUUUUUAAUAGUGACUGCAGCAAGGCUUGGGUUUUCCUUGUUGUGAAACUGACUUCUCUGAAAACAACUUAUUUUUUAUUAAAAAAGAAAAAAGACUAUCAUGUCAGAGUGUGUAAGUUUUUUGUUUUUGUUUUUUGCUGUUUUAUUUGAUUUUAAAGGCUGGAAGGCAGAAACAAGGUGAGUUCAGGCAAAUUCACUGUAUCGUAAUUUAUUUAUAGUAAUGUGUUUUCCUUGAAGGAAAAUAUUUACUUUAAGAUGUAUUUUAAAUGACAUAAAUUUUGUUACUUGGUAUUUGUCAUACAGUAGAAUGGAAACAUUGAGCUGGUUUUGUUUCUGAUAGCUGAACUGAAAAUGCUCUAAAUUUGUUACUUUUUAAAUCAGCUUUACUAUCUGCAUCUUACAACAUAACAUGUAUUUCUGGCACUGUGUAGCUACAUAUCAUUUGCAAUUUUCUUUUUUUUAAAAGUGAAAAUGUUACUGAAACAUUGCAGAGUGUGACUGCAUGUUCUUAUUGUGCACUAGUAGAUUGUUUUUAUUUUAUUUGUGUCAGGUGUAUCUGUUAUUUUAAGUAGUUUUUUGGUUUAACGAGGGAAGGAAGAAGGUGACAGAUCUCUCUUUAGCUGUUGUUUUAGGAAAAUGUUUUUCAGUGUACAAUAUGAAUAAUAUGUGGACAGUUUCACUGUUUGUUCUGGAAAUCAGUCUGAACCUCAUUUAGGAAAAACUUUCAAAUAUCAUAGGACUGUCAUUUCCAUACAUUUCCUAUUAAGUAUUGCAUUCCAGAUUUCACUAUUUCACCAAAGCUUAAAUUCUUGCUGAAUCCAAGUAUGCAGAAAAGGACAUCAAUGUUAUCUGUCUUUCAAACUCAGUGCCCUCCAGCUAUAUUAGAUUUGAUCUCCCAUAAUCUUUAAGCAGCAUGGCCAAGAGUGGUAUGUUUAUGCCUAGAUAGAACCAGUCUGGAGGAGGUUGUGACACACAGACCAUUGAAUUAAUGCAUCUCAGGAAAAUGAUGUGAAUUCUGGCAGUGUUUAAUCAUAUCUUUAUUGUAUGCAAUAAAACAUCCAAAUUGUCUAAAAUUUUCAGUUCUGAACCAUUAACAGACAUCACUUUUAUACAUUCAGAUUUUCCCAUUUUUUUAAUGAAAAGAUAAAAGCUUAUUUGUUCAUUUUAAAGACAAGGCUUUUCAGAAUUCAUAUCUGCUGCUAUACAAAAUUGUGUAACUAUGUGGACUGUGGAUUAUUCCUAGAAUUAAGACUAAUAUUCCGCAAAACUGCCACUGUUCCAAUAAUAGCACAUUUGUUACAUGUUUUUAUGUUCAAAUUCUUAAAUGGCCUUUUCUUUUUCUUGGUUACUGCUUUACAUUUUCUUUAUUAUAGCUAAUUUUUCUCAAAAUACGGAAAUUACAAUCCCAAUUUUUAUAACAGUGGCAGCUUUUUCUGCCCUUAAGUUUCAUGUGAAUUUUAAAUACUGUUCCUUCCCAGUGUUAAUAGUGUUUUUAGCUGUUCAGUGGUGCAAACUCUCAAAAAGAACUGAGAUAAUUUCACUCAACUUAAGGUAAUAUUUUUAAGAUUUUAAAAAUAUGAGCUAAAACAGUUCAAUAUCAUCUUCAGUUAGGCACCAUUGCUUUGCAAGAAAAAUCCUUUUAGGGUUUUUUAUAGUUAAGGGUCUGUCACCUUAAAUUCCUGAGAAAGCCACUUUUUAUGUCUUGCAAUAUAUGAAAUGUUUAUUAUGUUGUUAUAUUCAGCUUCAGUUACCCAAAUAAUAUGCUCUUAUAUAAUAUAAAAAUCUACUUUGGGGGGGAUGUUAAUAAGAAUUGCAAUUUUAAUAUAGGACACUAUAAAGUCAAAAUUUUGUUUUGGUUAAAAAUCAAACAAUGAUGUAAGGAAGCCAAAAAACAAAGAAAAUUGUUAACCCCAGAAUAAAUCAACACUAUCUGUCGAGUCUGGAAUUUGUGCUUCAUGUUAAAAUCAUGAAACAGUAACCAUUAAAUUGUAUUCUGUAGAGCUGGGCUUUGAGAUGAUUACAGUAUUAUAAACCCUAUAUUGGGCACAUUUUAAAGUCCGGAUUAAAGGGAGUUGAGCACUGCUGGAAAAUCAGCAGCUGUCUUUAUUGCAGUCAUUAACCAGCACAGUGCUGAAAAAUAAGAGCCACUAAAUUCAUUGGCCUAAUAUGAUAUCUGUAAGCAUACUAUGGUGACAUAAACCUGUUAAUAUGAACUGUGUAAAAUCAAAUAAUCCCCAAUGUAUGUUGUAAGCUUUUCCAUUGAUUGGCUUAAUUAAAAUGAUAAAAUUUG